GACCCGGUGCGGAUCGUCGUUUCGUACGUGUGAAAGCCCUCCUGGAAUCGAAUCGAAUUCGUUCAUCCCCCAAUCGGGUGUUUGUGUGUUAGUGUGACUUUAAUUGAAAGUUUGGAUUUCUGAGAAGAGAAUUAGGCAUUUCCUUCGGUGAAUUACACAUAGACCGGCUUUUCGUGGGGACACCUGUGGUGGGUUUUUUUUUCUGCAGUUUCCUGGAAAUAAACCGACUUUAGUCUCGCGGUUUGUUGACAAAGAAAAAAGCGCGCGCGCUCUGUCGAAACAAAAUAUGCUCCUAGCUAAGUGAAUUUAAAACCUGACGGUUGUUGCCCGAAAGCAUGUAACGAGAUCUGCUGCUUGAAAAUAUAAAUUUUGUGUCGUUGGAAUUUCGGCAGUGAUGUACAAUAAUUGUGUUUGACGAGUUUCAUCCGUCCCGGGGACAAGGUCGGAUUUGAAUGGCAUCUAACAACAAUGUCCCCCUAAGCUAAGCUGCAAAACCCAGAGAGUAGAAAAGCGGAGCAGAGGUUAAGCGAGUGUGUGAUGAAUGUGGUGAAGGCGGGCAGCUAAGCGCAUAACGAGCCUUUUCUGAAAAAUAAAACAAUUGGAUCGCAAACAAACCAAAGCCGAAUGAAAAAGAGAGAAAAAAACUAAACGUGCAAAGGUAACCGGACACCGAUUCAGACGGAUCGGAUUGCGGUGGCUCAACCUGUGCUGUGGACCUGUGGGAUUUAACUAAACCAAUCGACGAAUACCUAUCAGACAGCGUGAAAACGGGAAAACAAACUGAAAACUGCCAUUCGAGAUCAGCGCGCUCAGCAAAUGGUCGAAUGUGAUUCAGUAUAGUAAAUAAUAAACGACGAAUCCCCCCAAUUGAAGUUGGGAAAUUCUGCGAGUGUGUCGCACUACAUGGUGUAUGGUAAAGUGAAUGGAAAAGUGCCGUUCCGGAUAAAUCGUGAGUGAACAUUGAGCCAGAACCAACAGAGCGGAUCUUUUUUUUUUCAACGCUCGCUGAGCUUUAAAACGAACACAGUUGGUGAGCUUAAAAUAUACAUACGGGAAACUUUUCUCCCGCUCUGGGCCGACCCGUUGUUGCCAUUCGGACGGAAACGGAAAGCGCGGGUCUAAUUGGCCGCAACCUAUUUGCUGCGCUUUUGAUAAGGGGACGCCGUCGACAGGAAUCGUUUACAAUCCAUCCGGUGAGAUCCUGCUGAGUUGAGCUGAGCUGGCUCGGGGUUUGGGUUUUGGAAAAUUGUGUUGUGUGCUAGCUGAGCAGAGUCCCAUCCUAGCACUAAAAGCUUCUCUGCCUAGUGGAAGUGAUUGAGUGAUUUUGAUUUUGCACGAUCACGCUUCUUGCUGGUUUCUGUUUUUUUUUCGGUUGUGGUUGGGGGGUGGUUUUCGCAAAUAACGAAGCAAAGCGCCCAUUGCAGAUUGGAAUCUAUCGGUCGGUUGGACGAACCCAUUUUGGUUCUAUUUGAGAAGUUCCUAAACGUUGGCCGCACACAACGCGAGGAACCCAUCAGUCGGGAUCGUGUCGGAUUGGGAUCGAUACGAAUCGAGUCGAGCCUAGCUAGACGGACAACGGAAGCGCCAACGGAGAAAGGAACUAAAUUUACAUAGGAUUUGGGCAAACAGUUUUUCAAAACCGAAGCGAGUGAGAGUGAAUUAAGUGUAAGCGUGUUCCACCGAAAGUAGGAUAGUCUCUGGGCGGAAGCAACUGAAACUGAAAGGGCGUCCCGUUUUGUGUUCCUGUCAGCGGAAUUGAACGAUUGGUCUACAAGGAGGAUUCCAGGUCAAAACACUCGAGAUCCUUAUCACGGAUUCCGACCGCAUCCGCUCGUUACCAGUGUCGUCAAGUUUUUCCCUCUGGUUCUGUUUAAGCCCAUCGCCAUCGCCGUCAUCAUCAUCAUCUGGUCCGACAAAACCCGGAGCCAUCUUCAGAGGGUCGUCCGUCGAUUAUCGUUCCGUUGCUUGAAGGCGUAAGGAUCCGGGGGUCAGGGAAGGUGAAACACAACGUACAAACACAUGCGUGUGCUGGCGUUCGACAACGUGUGUAACUGACCCCAAUUUCCGCCUCCCAAAACGCCCCACGCACACACACGGAUCCGGUUCCGAUCCGAUCCUGCGAACCAGGAAAGAUUACCAGUGUGGCAGCAAGCAAGAAAGAAUGUAGAAUGAAAAUUCCAAACACCAACAAUUACAUUGUCCACUCGUCGUCGUCGUCGUCGUCGUCGUGCCGUUGUCGUCCUGAGGCCAUCUUCAUCACCGGGUGGGACAACGCAAUAUGCACAUCAGCCUUCCGGCCAGGGCGGCUGGACGAGUUGCCGGAAGUUCCGGGGGCGGAGGCAGAAGCAACAGAGGGCGAAUCGUCUGCUCAGGACCUGGAAAAAUACUGCUCUGCUGUGUGCACAUUUUGCUCGUGCUGAUCAACGAUGCACUGGUCACGGGAUUGCGGAAGGGUCGGCUUAUGGUUCCUGCCACCUACAUGGCCCAAACCGACGACCUGCACAUACAGCUACAGAUCGAUUCGGGUGAGCUGAUGAUGACAGCCACCGGCCAGGAUUCGGCGCUAGAUUUAAAACUGCAAAUUUCGCUCGUUAAACCGACCGGCGGAACGACAAUCUCGCUGCUGGAAAUCAAACCAGAUGUGAAUCACAAUGUGACGCAAAUUAAAAUUCCGUGCCGUUACUUUAUGCACGGUGGACUUUACGAGUUGAGCAUUGAGCGGCCGGCCGGAAGUGCGGAGAUGGACAUUGACGAGCGCCUACGGCAGCAGUUGAACGUAAGUUGGCCAACUCCCACGGUAAGCCUUUUGCCUAGUGUGAUCAGCACCUACCCGGAGGAGAUUGUCCGGGCAACACUUCAGUUUCCGGAUGUGCAUUGUCCGAGUGCGGCAGGCGCAAAUGAUGACUCUGUCGAUGUACCUGAGUUUUGGCUCGAGCUGGUCUACUGUGGCCGGAACGAGGCAUGCCCACUGGAAACGGUAUCCAAGCCGCAAAUCCUUUUCUCGGAACAAGUUCGAGGAUUUCCCAGUUCUCGAGUGAUUAAUUUUCGCUGUGAUCUAUUCGGAUUAGCCGGAUAUUAUUUACUACACUUGCGGACCACAAAUACGGAUCCAAAUCUGGCAGUGGUCCUGAGCGGGGCAAGGGCACUUUUGAAAGCCGACUGGAGCAAGGAAUAUGUUUUUACGGUUCAUGCCCGGAGCAUAUUUCCAUGUGACGCACACAGCCCAGGGAUUCGUGUUCUGUUCCAGUAUCCAUCCUGCAUCCUGAACCAAUCGGACCGGGUGAGGGUGUACGCGAAGCUACGAGCGGACGUUUCAUCACUGGUGCCACCCACCUCGUUGCAUUACAUCGCCGAACAGCGGGUCACCAAGGGACAACAUGCUCUGUACUUCGAGUGUGAUCUUUUCUACGAAAAGUACAUCGAAUACUGCUUCGUCUACGUGAGCCAGGCAAUUUCCGGUGCCGUGGCCGACGUACGGAUGGACUGUGUCCCAACGCUUCCCGUUUCACCAUCCGACUCUGGUGGCUGGGGACCAUGGAGUAAUUGGACGCAUUGCUCGACCACAUGCCGCGGGGGAGUGAGAAACCGGUAUCGUUUCUGUGACUCGCCCCCGCCGCGCUAUGGAGCCAAAUUUUGCGAGGGUCCAUCUGUGCAAACGGAGAGAUGCGGCAAAGAAUCCACGUUCAACUCGUGGGAGUGCAUGUUCAGCCCUGGUCCGGGAAGUGGAACUCUUCCCGCGCAGAUUGCCGACGUUAGCACCGAAGUGGGACCGGCGUGCCGUUGCGGAUGCAUCAUACACCUGGGGGUGGUCAAGCCCAAGCGUAUCAUAGCAUCUUCAUCGGAAAGCUGCCCUGAGCGGAGCCUCUGGUUGGUUCAGGGCGACGAGGAACAUCGGAUCCGGUUCACGGUCGAUUUCAGCAAGUUUCCCUGCGAUCAGCAGUGGCUGAAGGUGCGCGACGGGGACAAACUUUCCCAGGAACUGAUAUUGGAGUAUGCCUCGGGCCAUAUCGAGUCCGGCAAGAGUACCGAAUCGUCCGGGUCGAGGUUGUUGGUUGAGUUCCACUCCAAGAAGAUGGAACACUACGAUGAAAAUUGCAUCGCAGGAUUUCUGGGACAAGCGGAGCAAAUAAAAAUCCAAUACACUCCAACGAACGUGUCAGUGUCGAUAGCCAGCAAAGUGAUCAUGCCGUUUGUGCAAUCAUUCAGCUACGAAAAUCUAACGAUAGCUCACAUCUGUGCAAUAGUAUUUAUAAGUUUCAUAAUAUUCGUUAGUUUUAUCUUGCUAGUACAGUACAUGUUCCGAUACCGGAAGUACGAGCUGGCCACCACUCAGAUGGAGGUCGAUUCUCCCGCGCACACGCCAUUUGGUUCGGGUCAUUCGUUGAAUCAUGGCCAGCAGCCGCGAUCACGUGCCAUGUCAACCACCACGCUCAUCUCGGAGAUCGUGUCAUACGUAAAGCUGCGACCCAAAACCGGUAUCAUCAAGCACCAUCGCUUCCGGGAAAGCAUAGAAUACACGCUGGAAUCAACCGACCUGCCCAGCGACGGUAGUCUGGAACAUUCCGCUAAGGAAGACAAUACCGAUCGCCCGGUUGACGAGAUUGCGUUGAAAACUCUCGGAAAUUCGGAGAAUCCGGGCCAAAGUGAGACUAGCGAAUGUAAUUCGCCCACCCACGUGAUGGAAUCGUGCUAUUCGGACGAUCAGUCGACGAAUCUCAGCUCGGCGUAUUCCACUCUGAAUCGGGAAAAGACGCCGCUAGUGGCUCGAAAAGAUCGCAAGAAAACUCCGGAACAUCGGAACGAAACCAAAAGUGAAGGAGAGCACUCCCCUAGCGAGAAGAUCAUGAUGGCCAGUAGUAGCAGCACGGUAACAUUGACCAACAUCAGCCCAUCCGAUGUAGAAUGUUGUUCAUCCCCGGCACCAAGCGUAGCCAACAAUAAUGCCCGCAUUCGACCGAACAACCUCAAAGAGAGCAAAGAGAAGCGCAACCUGCAGAAGCUGCUGGCUGGAUCUGAUUUCUCCCUCGGCCAUCCGGAGGACAUGGAGAUGGAUUAUUACGACUACAACGUGAUCAAUGCGGGGGCAGCACCCGGAUCGUACCUGGGGAUGGAUCCCGCUUAUCUGGUAUGGAUUCCACCGCUCAACGAGGACGACGACAACAUUAGUGGAGAGGUGAACCUCGAGCAAGACACCCUGGGGGAAGGUGACACUGGAUCCGAGCCACGUAGCAGCAAUACAACACCGAACGAAGAAAUCAUGAAGAUACUGCAGCAGCAACGUCGGAAUGAUUACCUUAUCGUGAACAGUAUUUCCAAGAGUGAUAUCUACUCGGAAACCGAGCAGGCCGAUUAUCGUGCCACCAAUAAUGGGGCCAAGAAAAACCACCUUCAGGAGCUGGCACUCAACAAUGCGACGAGAAGAAGAAUCAGUUCGCCACCAUCAUCGGUGAAAGACUCAAACGAUGGGCGAGAAAAGGAAACCUCCUUUACCAAAUCGCCGGUGGAUAAUAAGCAGAUUGCCGAUUUUUACGAAAUGGCAGACAUUCAGUUCGCCGAUGACGAGGCCGACGAAGGUGACGAAGAUGACGAAGAGGCCACCCCCGUAGACGUUACUAGGACUCGUUCGCGGCCGAUGCACUCGAGAAAGGGAAGCACGAAAGCGACCAAAGUGUGAAACGCAUUCUAGCAAAAGAAAUGCGCGUAUUUCUGAAUUAGAAUAGGUAUAAUAAUUUUGAAUUGAUAUGUAAACACAAAGGAGAAUGGGACCUCUUUCUAGUCAGGUAUUUAAGCGUGGGCUGAGAAACAAAAUUGUAGAAAUUCGGCCUAAAAAGUUUUUACAUGUGCAUUGAAAGAAAUAAAAAUCUGAAAACAUUUAGUUGCCUUCGCCAAGAGUGUAUUCUGAAGUUGAUGUAGGGAAUUUAAUUCGGAUAGAUUUUGUGAGGUACUACACUAUUUGCCACUAUCUGGAGGGCUCUUGAAAGAUAAGUUAGAAAGUUUUGACAUUACUGCAAUUAUAGGUUGUUCUCAAUGUUGAACAUCAUGUCUAUAAACCUUUAUAUAUUUGACAAAUGCUAAAAUAAAUUCGGCCCGGUAUUUACAAAGUUCAAUGCGCAUAUACGAAACAUUGACGUUCUGAUGCUUAUAAAUGUAUAAAGGAAUUGAGUGUAAAUAGUAAAUGGAUAAACAACUAUAAUCGUACGUAUUUGUAAGUUGACGAAGCGAAUAAUUUGAAAAUAAAAUUCUUUAUCUUUUAGAUGUAGUGGAGUAUGAUUUUAGGUUCAAAUGCAUAUAAGUAUACUAAAACACAAAAGCAGAUAAGUUGUUUUCGUUUUUUCUUGCUUAAAUUAUGUAACAAUUAAAAAGCAGCGGAGGAUCGCAACUCAUACGCUUCCUUAUUGAAUCUCAAAUCAAACUUUCUUUCACUUUUAUUAUAGAUAAACAUUCGAAUACAUUUAGGCCUCUGAAAAAAUGGACGCUUUCCUACAAUAAUAAAUCAGUUUGAAGAUAAAGUUACAGUUUUUGAGAAAUAAACGAAAAAAAAGAGAAGAAACUAGCGGAAUAAAACAGUUUUAAUGAACUAUUAUAAUAAUAGGGAAAUUAGCGCGUGUACGAAGCUGCAAGUUGAUGUUAUUUUUGUAUUAUUCCCUUCGCCGGAUAAUUAGAAUAAACU